AUGAAGAAGCGCGAGGCGAUCGCCGAGGUCGCGGAGAAGAUCGGCCUGCCGCCGCGCGAGUCCGUCAAGGAGCCCGAGCGCGCGCUCCUGUCGCGCCUCUCGGCGAAGGCGCCGGCGGCCACGCCGGACAAGCCCCGGGGCCCCUGCGACAGCCAGUGCGACAGCUGCGACGGUCCGCACGCGACGCGCGACUGCCCCCACUUCAAGGGCAAGCCGCGCGACGACCACAAGGACGCCUUCGUCAACUACAACAAGGGCGAGGCCGGCGGCGGCGACGACGCGAAGCCGACCAUCGUCGACAGAGGGCGGGCCACGGUCGUGAAGCAGCCCGGCGACGGGAGCUGCCUCUACCACUCGCUCACCUUCGGCCUCGGCUCGGGCUCCGCGGCGACGCUCCGCGCGGCGCUGGCGGACCUCGUCGUGACGAACCCGGACCAGGAGAUCGGCGGCGACCCCCUGCGGGCCUGGGUGCUCUGGGAGAGCGGCCUGAGCCCCAAAGCGUACGCGGACCGGAUGCGCUCCGACGGCCAGUGGGGCGGCGCGAUCGAGAUGGCGCUCUGCGCCGUCAUGAAGCGCGUCCACAUCCACGUCUACGAGAAGCACACGCGGGGGUUCCUGCGCAUCUCCUCCUUCACGGGCGGCGACAGAUGCCAGAAGGUCGUGUCCGUCAUCUACGGUGGCCGCGUGCACUACGACGCGCUCAGGAUACACGGCGACGCGGGCUAA